GGAAGAGAAAGCCGUCUGGCUGUGGCUCACAAACAUCAGAUAGAUUCUGCUCUUAUUUUAGAUUCAGCACCUGCAGUUUAUUUUCUGUGGUGCCUCUAAUUCAGAGAUUACGGUAAUAUUUGCUGUACUUCACUGAGCAGUGGUCUCUUAAGGCUUGUCCUUCCUACUCAUCCUGUUCAUGUUGGAGAGAGCUAGCUGAUGUACGAGUGAAGACUGACGACAUAGAAAGAUCAAGAAAUUUAAAAAAAGGGUGAAAACUGCUUUCCUGUCUUCAGGAUGUCUCAGGCAGUUCCAUCACCAUCAGCCUGUCGAGACAUUCCCCGGAAUCUCAGCUACACUGCAGGGUUAUUUGAACGAGCUUGUUACCGCAGUCCACGUCCCAGUGUAGAGGAAGAGCUGGAGGAAGAAUUAUCUGAUUCUGAGGAGCAGCUACCUGAUGCUGUCCGAAUUAGAGGCCGUAACCUCAGGACUCACCCACCCUCCCCCACAGCCAGAAGGAGAGCAAGGUCAGCCCCUGCUGACUCGACUCAGGCAGCAUUGCGGGUUUCAUUACGCAGUUAUAGUCCAAACACCCGCAAGAAGGUCCGAUUUGCAGAUUCACUGGGUUUGGAGUUAACCACUGUUCACCUUUUCAGCCAGUCGGAUAUGCCAAAUGUCCCAGCACAUGUACAAGCUAACCUUUUCCAUGACUCUGUUAGUCACUUUGGUCCCUGCUUGACUAACCUGCCACUGAAGGAUGAACCCCAUCACUUCAGGUACUUGGAGCCAUUGUUCUGUAAUCCAGGCACCAAACCAGACUUUUUGGAGCGAGUAAGGAAUCAAAAAGUUUGCUUGGAAUCUAUUGAACUUGAAACUUUUGCCAUCUCUGGGACAGUGAGGGUUCUCAACUUGGCUUUUGAGAAAGCAGUUUCCAUUCGUUACAGCACUGAUGAUUGGAAUAGCUACUCUGAAGCUCGAGCUGUGUAUCUCUCUGGGGAUCGCUACACAGACCGCUUUGGUUUUCGUCUGCCUUUGCCACCACCGCAUUGCCUUCAUCUUGGAAGUACUCUACAGUUUGCUGUGCGAUACCGAGUAGGCCUUGCAGAGUUCUGGGACAAUAAUGCUAGAUUAAACUACAAAGUCCAGCAUCGGCAGUUGAAGAUGUCUCCAUUGAAGGACCUAGAAAGCAGCUGGAUUCAUUUCAUUUAAAUAGAGAACAUGGCUGUUUUUUUAUCACAGAUUGCAACACACUCUCUCUCUGUAGCCAGGCUAACUUAACUGUCUUGAAUUUGAACAUGUGUUUACAUCUUAGGGCUAACCUUUGAAAAACCUACUUCUGAAAUGCAUUUCACCUAACAUUUGAAGGAGAACAUUUAAAUACCAUGGCUCACAUAAUUUGAAAUCUGUAACUCAAUAUUUAGUUUGUGUUCCAUAACUGAAUUAAUUGUAAUACAUUAAGCUACCUAUUUCUUG